AAUCACACAAAAAAAAAAAAUCGUUAAACUUGUUGUAUAGCUAUUUUAAGGCCACAAUGUCUUCACUUAUGAUAAUGUGUUGUUUACUUCUGUUGUCGUUUGGUUUGUUUUCUGAAGGUAGAGAGAUUCUGGUGGGAGGCAAGUCCAACACAUGGAAGGUUUCUGAAACUACAGAGGAAACACUAAACCAAUGGUCAGGGAGAACAAGAUUCAAAAUUGGAGAUACUCUCUUAUGGAAAUACAAUGCAGAGAACGAUUCAGUCUUGCAAGUGAAGGAAAAAGAUUACGAGAAAUGUGACAGAUCAGAGCCAAUGAGAGGAUACAAAGAUGGUCACACCAAGAUAGAGCUGAAGAGGUCAGGUCCUUUUUACUUCAUAAGUGGGGAAGAAGGACAUUGUCAGAGAGGAGAGAAGCUUCGUGUCGUCGUCUUGUCUCCGAACCACAACCGAAGCGUUGCUGAUGCUCCUGCUCCUGUAAACGUCGUCUUGUCUCCAAAUCACGAUGCGGCUGCUCCUUUAAACGCUCAUAUCACAAACAAGGGAAGCCUGAACAGAGCAUGGAGUUUGAUACUUCUUCUCCUGCCAUUAGGCCUUUUGGUCUAAGUCUUGUUACCUCUUUACCCAAUUUGGUUUUUUUUUUUUCUGGUACCCUGAGACCUGAGUCAUGUUUUUAUACAAUGUUUGUUUUUUUUUUUUUGGUUUGGAUCAGAAAGAAUUGUAUCCUAAAUUGGAAAGAAAAAUUAGAAAAGGUUUAAUGGUUUUA